AUGCUUCAGCCAAUCUACGCUUUAAGCGAUCUCCAAUUCAUUGGUUCGCGCACCCUCAGGGCGUGGUUCAGAGGUGGUUCGCCAAACGGUCAGGGAAACUUCGCCGUGGUCGACGUUAGAGAGUCGGAUUUCAUCGGUGGCCAUAUCAAGGGCUGUCUCCACUACCCUGCUGGCCGCUUCAUGGAAACCAUACUUGAACUCCAAGAGAAAUUAAAGGCGUACGAUGACGUGGUGUUCCAUUGCGCCUUAUCCCAGGUUCGCGGUCCCUCCUCCAGCUUGAAGUUCUUGCGCUCCUUGAACGAGUUACCUCCCCUGGAACGUGCAGGCUUUGAACAUCUCAAUGUAUGGGUCCUCAAAGGUGGCUUCACCGAGUGGCAGGCCGAGUUCGGUGAGGAUAAGGAAGUCACAGAGGACUACCAAAAGGAUUUAUGGGAGUUUUACUGA